AUGUACAGCAAGCAGCUGGCCUCCACCGAGUGGCUGACCAUCCAGGGGGGGCUGCUGGGAUCCGCCCUCUUCAUCUUCCCCCUCACCGCCUUCAACAACCUGGAGAGUUUGGUCUUCGGCAAAGGGUUCCAAGCCAAAAUAUUCCCGGAGAUCCUCGUCUGUCUCUUACUCGCUCUCUUUGCAUCAGGCCUCAUCCACAGAGUGUGUGUGACCACCUGCUUCAUCUUUUCCAUGAUUGGCCUCUACUACAUCAAUAAGAUUUCCUCCACGCUCUACCAGUCUGCAGCGCCCACGGCAGCGCCCGCCAAGGCCAUUGGCAAAGGCAAGAAGAGGAAUUGAUGCCCCCAGGGCCCCUCCCAUCCAGCCUGCCCAGGACUCUGGGGCACCCAAUAAAACGCUCUCUUUGUAA